AUGGCUGUCCCAAGGACCCGUAGACCUCUCCUCACUACUACCCUCAUCCUCACAGCAGCCAGCUUGCUCCCUAUCGUCGACGCAUGCUACAAUUCCACUGGCGGCUAUGUACCCGGCUUUGCUCCAUGCCGCAAUCAUCCAACCAUCUGCUGCUACGCUAACCGGUCGAGGAAUCCCAGAGUAGUCGUAACAGACGGCACGAGCGACGAGUGUCUCCCCAACGGCCUAUGCGCGACCAUUUACGUUGAUAGCGACGGGAACAAUGCAACUAACUAUUGGAGGGGUCACUGCAUCACAAAGGAAGAAGGGGCCUGUCCGAGUGUCUGCAUGACCGAACCUGGCAAUGCUAUUGGCAUGACGCCCUGCAGUGGGGCCAUCGACUCGCGCCGCUGGUGUUGUAUCAAGUCAAGACUAUGCUGUGACCCGAACAGCAGUAUCGAUGCCGAAAUAAUAGCGCCAACGUGGACCCCUUUGCCUGUGCAGCAGACACUGAACGUACCUGCUCCAACGAUGACGUCGAAUAAUACACAGGUCAUCGGAAGCUUGAGGGGAGUGCUUAACACUAAAAGCGCAGGGGAACUAUCGGCUGCCGCGAAGGCAGGCAUAGGGAUCGGUGCCGCGGCGGGAGGGAUCUCCCUGCUGGCGUUGGGAUUCUUGCUGGCAAGGUGGAACCUUAUUCGUGCACACUGGAGUCAAUCGGCCUCUGGUGAUGCUUCUUCCAUCGGAGAUUCGGAAGCGUCCUUGAAGAAGGCCCCGUCAGCCGAGCUGGACGAGUCAAACGUUUUCCAUGAGAUGCAGAGUAAUGAGGAUAGGCGCGAACUGUAUGGAGAUGGAGGCCAUCAUGAAAUGCAGGGAGGUGAUGGAUGUCUCGAACUGCCGCACGACAACGUCAGACAUGAAAUGCAAGGUUGAAUCAUCUGUAGUGCUCGAUCCGGGAAUCUAAUGUGUAAAUUAUCGUUAGUAGUACGCUGGAUCCAGAAACAGGUUCACGACUGCAUCACGUAUCUUCUCUUAUG